AUGUUUAAACCAAAAAUGAUAGAAAAUCAAAACAAUUUGCAUUGUCAAAAUAAACAUGGCCAACCAGUUCAUUUGGUUGUGCUUGAUCCAAAGCUAGAUAAGAAACAAAGACUUUUAUGCACUGAUUGUAUGGAAAAUUUCGAAUCAGAUGCAAAGACAAUAGGAGUUAAAAAAAUAAUCUAGAUUAUUGAAGAUAAUAUCAAGUAAACUAUGAGCGACUUAGAAGGCAUCACUUAGCAAACAGUUUAAUAACUAUAAAUUUGUAAAAGAAAUAUAUAAGAAUUAAAGGCAUAUUUUAUGAAAUUAUUUGAUUCUUUAAUUAGUAUAGCAGAGGAAUGGACAUAAAAUUUAUUUACCUUAAUAUAAUAAUCAAAAUAAUACAAUUUAUAUGAUGAGUUAGAUAGCUUUAUUAAGAAAUAGAAUAAUAUUAAUGAUUCUAAUAUAACAUUAAUAGAUCUUGGAUGGCUAAACUAUUGAUAAUCUUAAAUUAAUAUAUUUAAGAUAAAGAUAAAGUUAACUUUAAUGAAAUAAAAUAAAAAUUUACUAACAUCAUUUGUUCAAUUCAUCCACAAAAAAGGAAAAUCAGAUUAAAGUUAAUUGAUUAUUCUGUUAAAUAAAGUGUGGGAUGUUAAGAUAUAGUUUUUGAUUCUUCUGGGUCAAUUAUAGUAUCAACUUAAUCGAAAGAUAUUAAAGUAUGGAGCUUUCUAAAUGGAAAAAUUCAAUUAACAAACAUAUUGUAAGGAUUACUAAAUGGAUUUAAUGUUUAGUUUAUAGUAAGAAAUAGAAUUCUUUUGUUUCAGGUGACACGACCAUAAGAUGCUGGAAAUAAUAGGACUCAAGUGAUUGGAUAAGUUCAUAACCUUAUAAAAAACAUAAAGAUUUGUAAUUUGUCUCUUAUUGAAUUUAAAUGAGGAUUUACUAUUUUCUGGAAGUGAUGAUAAAUCAAUUAAAGUAUGGAAGGUUGAUUUUGAUAAAAAAUAUUGACAUACAUUUAUUAUUAUAUCAACAUUAUAAUGAAGUUUUGGCGUUAAGUUUAAAUUAAUCAGAAACAUUAUUAGUUUCAUGUGCAGGUGAUGAUAAUGAAAUAAUUAUUGGGAAAGAAGAGAACAAGUUAAGUAUGAAUUCAAAAAUUUUGUUAUAAUAGAUGAAAUUUAUAAUAUUGAGGGUAUUAAGUAUAAUAAAAUAUAUAAUGAUGAUGGUUAUAAAUUAGUUUGA